AUGUUGCUGUUCAUUGCUAUGGUGUUAUUCUCUCUGCCUCCAGGACGGUGCAUUACUCCAGUGAGGAAAUGUAGCAUCAGCAACCUUCUCUCUGUGCUUCACAAGUAUUAUCAGUCAGGGGACCUUAUCCUCUCUGGCAUUAUUUCCCAGUUCUUCAUAUUUACAAGUCUGAUAACCUUUGAAAAAUAUCCUUCUCGUGGACACUUUGAUAAUUUGGUCUAUUUUAGCCCAAGCUGGACUUAUCAUGCUGCAAUGGAACUUCUCUCCACAAAAGGGAUAUUCAUUCCUAACUACAAGUGUGACAUCCAGAACAAAUUAGUAGCCACUCUUGGGGGACCAAAGUCUAAUUUCUGCCUCCACAUGGCAGACGUUCUGUGCAUUUACAAGAUUCCACAGCUCAUAUAUGGCUCUGCUCCAGUGAUGAACAACAAAAACAAAGCCGUUUUUCUCUACCAGAUGUUCCCCAAUUGGGCCAAUCAGUACAUGGGGAUUAUGAAAUUACUACUUUACUUAAGGUGGAUAUGGAUCGGGGUGAUGUAUGUGGAUAAUGAACACGGACAGAGAUUUGUACAGGAGGUGCUUCCCAUAUUUUCUAAACAUGGGAUCUGCUUUGAUUUCAUAGCAAAUUUCCCAAGAAUGACUUUUUCCAGUGCUUUUUCUGAAAUGUUGGUCGGACGCAAUGACACAUCCACGAUUGUCAUGGGAAGCACAGCCAAAGCCGUGGUGAUACAUGGUGAAAUUCAAACCAUGUUAAAUUUGCGACUCUUGCUGAAGGUUGCAGAAUUUAAGGAGAUACCAAUGAAGACGGGAGCCAAAGUCUGGAUUUUGACAGCUCAGGUGGACUUCACAUCAGUUGAAAUUCAAAAAGAUUGGGAUUUAGACUUCAUCCAUGGUGCUUUAUCUUUGGCAGUUCACUCAAGGGAGGUGUUAGGAUUCCGUAAGUGUCUUCAGAUGAGAAACCCUGCUAGUGAAAAAGAAGAUGGCUUUAUUGGGGACUUCUGGAAGCAUGCUUUUGGUUGUUCAUUCUCCAGUACCACAGAAGGCAACUCUGAUGAAGAACCCUGCACCGAAGAGGACAGGCUAGAGAAUCUUCCUGCAUCUGUCUUUGAAAUGAGUAUGACUGGUCACAGCUACAGCAUCUACAAUGCUGUCUAUGUGGUAGCACAUGCAUUACAUGCCAUGUAUUCAUCCAUGUUCAAACACAGAGUGGUGGCAGAUGAAGGGAGAAAGAAACUUACGAGACAUCAGCCAUGGCAGUUGCAUGAGUUUUUGAAAAGAGUCUCAUUCAACAACAGCGCUGGGGAUAUGAUUUCCUUUGACCAAAAUGGGGAGUUAGCAACUGGAUUUGAUGUCAUCAACUGGAUCACAUUUCCAAACGAGUCCUUUCUUAGAGCCAAAGUUGGAAGGAUUGACCCAAAAGCUCCCCAAGGCAAAGUGUUCACCAUUCAUGAAGAUGCAAUCAUUUGGCCCCAUGUGUUUAGCCAGGAACAGCCCCUUUCUGUGUGCAAUGACAAAUGUCAUUCAGGCUACAGAAAGAGAAAAAAGGAAGGGGAGCCAUUUUGCUGCUACGAUUGCCUUCCAUGUCCAGAAGGGAAGAUUUCAAAUCUGGAUGAUAUGAAUGAUUGUUUUCAGUGCCCAGAAGAUCAAUAUCCAAAUAAUGAUCAGAAUUCAUGUCUGCCAAAACAUAUAAGCUUCUUGUCUUAUAAAGAACCUUUGGGGAUCACUUUGGCCGUUUGUGCCCUUUCCUUUUCUUUCAUCACAACUUUGGUGCUUGGGAUCUUUAUCAAGAAUCAGGAAACUCCCAUCGUCAAAGCCAACAACCGGAAGCUCUCCUACGUCCUCCUCUUCUCUCUCCUGCUCUCCUUCCUUUGUGCUUUGCUGUUCAUUGGCCGACCUGAGAAGAUAUCAUGUCUCCUUCGACAAACUGCUUUUGGCUUCAUCUUCUCAGUGGCUGUUUCUUGUGUGUUAGCCAAGACUAUCAUUGUGGUUCUAGCUUUCAUGGCCACCAAACCAGGGUCCAGGAUGAGAAAUUGGAUGGGGGAACGUCUGGCCAACUCCAUUGUUCUUUCUUGCUCCUUUAUCCAAACUCUGAUUUGUACAGUAUGGUUGGUAACCUCUCCUCCCUUCCCAGAUUUUGACAUGCACUCAGUGUCUGAAGAAAUUAUAUUGAAAUGUAAUGAAGGGUCGGUCAGCAUGUUUUAUUGUGUCUUGGGCUACAUGGGCUUUCUAGCCACUGUGAGCUUCACUGUGGCUUUCUUAGGCAGGAAGUUACCUGACAGUUUUAAUGAGGCCAAGUUCAUCACCUUCAGCAUGCUGGUCUUCUGCAGUGUUUGGCUGUCUUUUGUUCCCACCUACUUGAGCACAAAAGGAAAAUACACAGUGGCUGUGGAAGUCUUCUCUAUCUUAGUCUCCAGUGCAGGGUUGCUGGCUUGUAUUUUUUGCCCCAAAUGUUAUAUUAUUGUGAUGAGGCCUGAACUGAACAACAAGGGCCAAAUUAUAAGAAGACAGAAUGAAAGAAUAUAA